UGCUCUUCUCAGGAAUAGAGAACGAUGACAAAAAAUGAUCGGAGAAACAAUCCGACUAAAUCCUACUGCCAGAAUCCCGUCGGGGGUCGUAUUGGGCUAUCCGACGGCUAGCUUUCCAUCCGGUAAUUUCAACUGCAGCAAUGGACCCAAUAGUCCCUGUCCCGCCGAUUAUCUCGUGUCUCUCCACCGUUGCCUACCGUCAAAUGCUUACGAGUCAGACUCGCUGAGUGAGGAUUUGGACUUUUCCGUCGAUUCAUUUUCAGGCGACCACUUCCGGAUGUACGAGUUUAAGGUGAGGAGGUGCGCUCGUGGAAGGUCACAUGACUGGACCGAGUGCCCGUACGCCCACCCGGGUGAGAAGGCCCGAAGAAGGGACCCCAGGAAGUUCCAUUACUCUGGAACUGCUUGCCUCGACUUUCGCAGUGGAAACUGUAAAAGGGGCGAUUCCUGUGAGUUUGCUCACGGCGUUUUCGAGUGUUGGCUCCACCCUGCUCGUUAUCGUACUCAGCCUUGCAAGGAUGGUACCGGCUGUAAAAGACGGGUUUGCUUUUUCGCUCACACGCGGGAGCAGCUUCGGGUGUUUCCACAGCAGAGUACGACAGAGAAUGGAUCCGGUUCAGGUGAUUUGGAUCAUUUUGGUUCUCCCAUUGGUCUACGUCUGGAGUUUGGUUCUUCACCAACUUCCAUUCUGGCUUCGCCUCCUUUAUCACCACCUUCUGAAUCACCUAUUAUGUCACCCAGUGGCUCAUUUAACUUGGUGAGUGAACUUUCUGCUUCUAUGCGAAGUCUGCAACUCGGUAAGGCCAAAAUGAGUGGUGCUUGUUCCCGGGGACUGCAAAUGGGAUCGGGAUUUGGUUCUCCUCGUGGCUCCACAUGCCGACCUGGUUUUCCCAGCUCUCCUUCAACGCCAACUCGCUCUAGCCUUGGUAUGUUCGGUAUCUGGGAAUGCAACGCCGGCGAAGAGGAGUCUGCAACGGAGAGAGUGGAGUCCGGGAGAAACUUAAGGGCAAGGAUGUAUGCAAAACUGAGCAAGGAAAAUUCUCUAGACCGUCUUGAACCCACUGGAUCGGGUCCUGAUGUUUGAUGGGUAUCCGAGUUGGUUAAGUGAAACUGGGCAUCUAUUUUGAUUUAUUUUUGGAAAUCUAAACCAAAACCGGUUGCCUUUGAAUCUUCCGACUUAUUUUGUGAAUAUUUACGACACCCCUGAUUUGGAUAUUUGGCAUUUGGCAAUGUAAAUAGACGACGGGACAAAAGUAUUACAUGUUUUGUAUAUACACGGAGGACAGGACUUAUUACGGCUGCCCGUUUGUCUUGUAUUUUGUGACAAUUAUGAAACGCCAUUUUCUUUUUUUUUCCCCUCUUCCGGAUAUAAUCUCUGUAAUUUUUCCUAUGCCAAUCAAUGUAAUAUAUCCCUUAUUU